AGAGCAGAGCGCGGUGGGAGCGCAUUCGAAGCACAGUCGCAGAGCGGUGUUCAUCCAGCUACGGAAGACUUGAAGUAAUGCUGCUCCAGGAAAUACCGUUUUGUGUGAUUUGCAGGUUCGACCAGUAUGUCUGCUUUCAGGCACCGGCAUCUGUACACGUUUCAUAAUUUCUGGGAUUUUAACAAGGACGGAAUAUUGACAUGGGACGACUUCAACAUCAUUGCGGAGAACUACACCAAGUUGCAGCGCCGUGGCAAGCUUGAGAAGGAGGUCUUCGAAAGGUGGAAGUCGAUCCUCGAGCGAUGGUGGAACGAACUCACGGAGCACGCAGACUUUAACAAGGACCGUAUCGUGGAAUUCGACGAAUGGCUCAAGUUUUUCACUAAUCUUGGAAAGAGCACCAAAAGCGUCAAAGACCUGCCGGACUUUUUACAGAAGUACCUGCAUCUGUUCUUCCUCAUCAUGGACUCGAACAAGGACGGCUUAGUAUGUGCCAAGGACUACAAGAAGUACCUGAAAACUCACAAUCUCGACAUAAGCCGAGCAGAUGAAUGCUUCAAGGAAAUGCUCAAUGAGGAAGAUGCUGCGAACGGAGAUGCCAUGACGUCGGAUCGUUUUACGGCUACCGUCUACGAGUGCUGGGUAUCGCAAGACAACAACUGCAAGGGAAAAUACAUAUGCGGACCCUACGAUUCAACACCCAUGGAAGAGCUCGAAAAGAAAAACAAGAAACGACCAGUCUGAACACUGCCAUACUUUUUACUACUAUUAUUAUUAUUUUGUACGAGUUCUGCCUUACUAGUCAAAGGCUUCUUCGCCUGCCCAUUCUCGGAGUGGCUUCACUUUCUCACAUUGACGUGCACCUAUUUUUAGCGGCAUAAUUUAUACA